UACUAUUCAAGCAGCCGACACGAUCUUCACGAAAUAAUUUCUCUCGUGUGGAAUUGUGAGUUUUGACAAAAAAGGGGAAGUCAACGAUGCCGCCAGUUCAAGCGGUAAAAUACGAGCAGGAGCUGAAGAAGAAUCCAGAUUUGAAAGAUGAAGAUAUACAAAUAUUGCGCGAAUGGUGCAAAAAACAACCUCACCUACCGCCAAUAACCGACUCCGAGUUGGCGUUAUUUUUGCACAGUAAUUAUUAUAAAAUGGAAGCGACGAAAGCGACCAUUGAUACAUAUUUCACUGUAAGGACUCACGUUACCGAAUUCUUCCACAACAGAGAUCCUCUUGGAACGAAGGAAUUGAGGAAAUCGUUUCAGACAAUUACCGUCCAGGUUUUAGAGAACAAAACGCCGGAAGGCUACUCGAUCCUUUACGGAAGGUUAAUUGACGAUGAUCCUUCGCAUUACGUUUACAACGACGGAAUGAAAUAUCUGAGCAUGAUAGUCGAUCUAUGGCUUCACAGCGAAGGCACCUCCAAUGGACAUAUCAUUUUAUUCGACAUGAAGAACGUAGGAUUUGGCCAUGCUGCUCGAUUAAGUCCUAUGGGAUUGAAGAAGUAUCUUUUUUAUUUGCAAGAAGCGCUGCCGGUUCGUUUGAAGGGAUUCCAUUUCAUGAACAUCACGGCGGUGAUGGACGUGAUAUUGAACAUGAUGAAACCGUUUAUGAAGAAGGAACUACUUGACAUGCUUCACACACAUACGACUUUGGAUACGUUGAAGAAAUUCUUCCCCGUAGACAUAUUACCGAACGAAGCCGGUGGAAAGGCCGGUGUAUUGAUGCACCUUCAUGAGAAGGCGGUGAAAGAACUGGAAGAAAAUCGCGAAUGGUUCUUGGAGGAACAACAAACGAAGCGUGUUGACGAAUCCUUGAGACCAGGUAAAGGGAAAACAGCAACUGAUUUGUUUGGCGUUGAGGGGACAUUCAAAAAGCUCGAAAUUGAUUGAACGAUAAAAAAUGUACGUUUUUUUAACA